AUGCCUUCUUAUAGUGUCGUCCCCUCCAUCUUCGGGCCUGUCACCUCUCAUGACCCUCAUCUUUCCUCAUUUCCCUCUGAUGAGUCUUCCUUGACCAUCCCGAUCUCACUUGCGCCUGGCCGUGCAAUCCCAACCAGGACAUCUUUAAGCCUUACUACCCUUACUACUACUACGAUAGCGGCCACGUCGACCAGUACUGCCCAAAAUCACCAGGCUGAUCCCUCGGUGCCUGAUCCUUCUUCUAGAGCAAAUACAUCCAACGUCGGGGCUGUCUCCCUGGCUGUGGAGCAGAUGAUUGGCAAAGCGAAAGGCAGCAUUAUCGUUUUGUCUUCACUGAUCGCGUAUGUUUCGAUCAAUAGCUUAGUACGUGCCUUGAAUCCGGACACAUUCAUCUGGUACGAUGAGGACAGGGAUGAGCAGCGCUGGAUCGCAUCCUCCCGGUCGUGGUUUGACCGUAAAGCCUGUCGCUGGCUGAGUCUCUGCGGUACCGCUCAUUUCCACACGGUUGGUCCGCGCUUCGGCCAGCGGAAAGUCCUCACGGAGUCCAAUGCCUCUGUCUCGGCGCAAGACGAGGCCGCUCCGUGGCGGUCCUUCUGGUUCCGAGAACCGGAGCAUCCGGCGGAUCAGUGGGAUGAUGAUGCCGAACGUUCGCUCAGAGAGAUACCCGACUAUGUUUUUGAAUAUGCUCCUCUAGUGCAUCUAUUCUCCAAAGAGCAGUUCUGGCCAUGCGAUAUCGCAGAGCACCUGUUCCACACCACGCCAAUGUUAAACUACACGCCAGUGCAGUCACAGCAUAAUCAUCCGACGUUGGAGGAUCUGGACCAACUGAACCAAUGGCAGGAUGGUCGCUACGUCUUCUUGACCAGUAAUGAUGAUGUGGAGGAACGGCCUCCGUGGAUGGAAGGAGAAAAGAAUAUCCCUGUUUCGCCAGAUGAGCACUCUGAAGAAUCAUGGUCUGACUGGGACGGUCGACUGGAUGGGGCCAUUCCGGGAGAUACACCCGAGGGCCGCUUAAAAUGGUAUGACACGAACCACAAAUUAAUGUCGGAAGACGAAGCAGCCAAUCUACCAUUGGAGGAUCUUGGUUACUCCAAGCCAGAGGAUCUUCUGCAGGACGAGAGGGUCAGGGACGAGCUGCGGAAACGAUACGGUGGCGAACCGAUAAAGAUGCAAGAGACCGGAGGCCGAAGUGACGCGCCUGCAGUGCUGCUCGUCGUGGACAAGGGCAACGGCAUAGUCGAUGCCUUUUGGUUCUUCUUUUACAGUUUCAAUCUCGGAAAUGUGGUCCUGAACGUGCGUUUCGGCAACCACAUCGGCGACUGGGAGCAUUGCCUCGUCCGUUUCUAUAACGGCAAGCCUAAAGCUCUCUUCUUUAGUGCACAUUCCGCAGGCGAGGCAUAUAGUUAUGAAGCGGUGGAGAAAAUCGGACAACGGCCAGUCAUCUAUUCCGCAGCGGGUACGCAUGCCAUGUAUGCCACUCCUGGUGUCCAUUCGUAUGUUCUACCCUGGGGACUUCUUCAUGACCAAACGGACCGAGGACCUCUCUGGGAUCCUCUCUUGAAUUCGCACAUGUAUACGUAUGAUCAUGUGAAUGACACGUUGCGCGCCUCCACAGCCAGCCCGUUGGCGCCUACGGAGUGGUUCUACUUUAACGGUCACUGGGGUGAUAAGUUCUAUCCUUUGGGGGAUCAUCGACAGUAUCGCUUCGCGGGCCAGUAUCACUACGUCAACGGUCCCCUGGGCCCACGGUUCAAGCAUCUGGACCGCCGCAAGGUGUGCCAAGGACCCGACGAGGAUCCUUGCGUGAUUAAAGAUUGGGUGGGCGAAAAGAUGCGGCUCAAGCGCCUGUCGAAUCCCCAGCCGCACGAGAAUCCAGUGUGAUCUGGUACUUCUCAAAUGAAGCAUCGCUGCCCUGGUUGGCACUGAAGCGAUGUUUGGUUGAAAUGUGUUCCAAGUGAACAACCUAGCGUAUCCCCGUGGCAAUCCCUGCUUCAGUGUUUGUUAUCUGUUGCAUUUAUCGCAUAUACCCCUCAAGUUUUUUCAUGUUUGCUUGUCACGGCAUGGGGCUGGAGCUAGACGGUGAAACGACAACGCAUAUGACUGAUGAUGAGACCCAAGAUUUCCUUUUAUACUGAUGUCGGAGUUUUCUGCAGCAGAAGGUGGAGUUACUGGAUUCUUAUGCUUUUAUCUUUUUUUUUUCAGACUUUGGGCCUGGUGUUGCGGUUUAUGGAUCUUGAUUAUUACCUUAUAGGGAUAGACUCGGAAGACGUGAUGUGGACUAAGUCGAAAUCUCCGAAAUAUUAGAGAGCUAGACAUUUCCCGGACCGCUGACUUUUAAAAUGAAUUGCUCAUUCCACUC